GGGAGAUGCCGCGCGGGCUCCGUGUCCUCGCAGAUUUUCAACCAACAUAAUGCUGAAGCUCCCAACUUGCAACCAGCAUUUCACAGAAUGGCACAAAUGGAACCUAAUCUGGACCAUGACGUAUCAUGGUUCCUCCUUCCGUCAUACUGGUCUAAAAUGGUUGUGGCAUUAAUUUCCUUCCUGUGUUUUGCUAACAGCUAUGAUGGAGAUUUUGUCUUUGAUGAUUCUGAAGCCAUCAUCAAUAAUAAGGACCUCAGGGCAGAAACCCCACUUGGUGACCUGUGGUAUCAUGACUUUUGGGGUAGCAAACUCAGCAGCAAUACCAGUCAUAAGUCAUAUCGACCGCUAACUGUCUUAACUUUCAGAAUUAAUUACCUUUUUGCUGGAGGCUUCUACCCAGUUGGUUUCCAUGUCAUCAAUAUAAUACUGCACUGUACUAUCUCAGUGUUGAUGGUUGAUGUGUUCUCCAUAUUAUUGGGUGGAUUGCAAUUCAGCAAUAAAGGAAGACGGCUAAACCUGGCUCCAAAGUCCUCUCUUCUUGCUGCUUUGCUCUUUGCUGUACAUCCAGUGCACACCGAGUGUGUUGCUGGGAUUGUUGGUAGAGCAGACCUACUGUGUGCCCUGUUCUUCUUGUUGUCAUUCCUUGGCUACUGUAAAGCAUUUAAAGAAAAUAAGGAAGGACAUACGUUUUCUGUAUUCUGGGUGCUGGUGAGUGUUGUCCUAGGUGCAAUAGCCAUGCUGUGCAAAGAACAAGGAAUUACAAUACUGGGUUUGAAUGCAGUGUUUGAUGCACUGGUGAUUAACAAGAUAAAUCUUUUGGAGCUCAUUCGAAAGUUACUGUAUAAGGGCAAGUCAUUGGAGAAUGCUGGGCUACUAAGGAAGGGGCUGCUUUUCAGGAUAACUCUUUUAAUGUGUGGAGGGGCCGGAAUACUUUAUAUCCGCUGGAGGAUUAUGGGCACAGGUCCACCAGCUUUCACUGAAGUAGACAACCCAGCUUCAUUCGCUGACAGUCUGUUUGUAAGAGCUAUAAACUAUAAUUACUACUAUUCACUGAAUGCAUGGUUGCUGUUGUGUCCCUGGUGGCUGUGUUUUGAUUGGUCAAUGGGCUGCAUACCCCUCAUUAAAUCCGUCAGCGACUGGAGGAUAAUUGCACUAGCAGCACUUUGGUUCUGCCUAAUUGGUCUGAUAUGCCAAGCUCUGUGCUCAGAAGACAGCCAUAAGAGAAGAAUCCUUACACUGGGACUUGGAUUUCUUAUUAUCCCUUUUCUUCCUGCAAGUAAUCUCUUCUUCCGAGUAGGAUUUGUUGUUGCAGAGAGAGUCAUCUACCUCCCCAGUAUUGGAUAUUGUAUUCUUUUUACAUAUGGAUUUAGUCUCCUGAGUAAGCAAGCCAAGAAAAAGAAAAUUCUGGCUGUGGCAGUACUUGGAAUCUUGUUGAUAAAUGUUAUGCGCUGUGCGCUCCGCAGCAGUCAGUGGAGGUCAGAAGAACAGCUUUUUAGGAGUGCAUUGUCUGUGUGCCCUCUGAAUGCAAAAGUGCACUACAAUGUUGGCAAAAACCUGGCUGACAAAGGAAAUCAAAGUGCUGCAAUCAAAUACUACAGAGAAGCUGUAAGGUUGAAUCCAAAAUAUGUGCAUGCCAUGAACAACCUUGGAAAUAUUCUGAAAGAAAGAAAUGAGCUCCAUGAAGCAGAGGAGUUGCUGUCCUUAGCUGUGCAAAUACAACCUGAUUUUGCUGCUGCAUGGAUGAAUCUAGGAAUAGUGCAGAACAGUUUAAGAAGGUUUGAAGAGGCAGAGCAAAGCUAUUGGACAGCAAUUAAACACAGAAAAAAAUACCCAGAUUGUUACUACAAUUUAGGGCGGUUGUAUGCAGAUUUGAAUCGCCAUAUAGAUGCAUUGAAUGCAUGGAGGAAUGCUACAGUCCUGAAACCAGAGCACAGUUUGGCCUGGAACAAUAUGAUAAUAUUGCUUGAUAACACGGGCAAUCUAGCUCAAGCAGAAGCAGUUGGAAGAGAAGCCCUGGAAUUAAUACCUAAUGAUCAUUCUCUUAUGUUUUCCUUGGCUAAUGUACUGGGGAAGUCACAAAAAUAUAAGGAAUCUGAAGCUUUGUUCCUCAAGGCAAUUAAAGCCAAUCCAAAUGCUGCCAGUUAUCACGGUAAUUUGGCUGUGCUUUAUCAUCGCUGGGGAAACCUUGACUUGGCGAAGAAGCACUAUGAAGUCUCUCUGAAGCUUGAUCCCACGGCACCAGGAACCAAGGAAAACUACAACCUCUUAAGAAGAAAACUGGAGCAGUUGCAAAAGAAAGGCAGUGGCUGAUGUUCCCUUUUCAGCUGCUUUUGCA